AUGCUGGACGGCGGCCUGAACAAGUUGCGCAAGGUGCGAGGGCGGUUUGGCGAUACGUUGAACCCAGAUGAUGCCUUUCUCAGCUUAACGAGAGAGGAUAUGCAAACUCUCAAGAACGACUGGCUCACAGACAAUAUCAUCUCAUUCUGGGAGGAAUACCUUGAACACGAAGUUCUCUCCCAAUUCAAGUCCUCGAAUAUCAUCCUCCUGCGCCCUAGCAUGUCUUUUAUGCUCCUCCAAACUCCAGACCCUCGCACUCUCCGCGAUGCACUUCCAGACUUCAGUCGAGCAACUCACGUCUUUCUUCCCAUCAAUGACUGUCGCAACGUCACCCAAGCCGAGGGCGGCACUCACUGGUCACUGCUGCUGAUCUCCAUUGUGGACCGCAUUGCCUUCCACUAUGACUCGCUCUACCAGGGAAAUGUCUGGGAGGCCGAUACGCUCACGCGCAAGUUCGGGUUUCUUCUCAACCAGCCCAUCCGGUUCUUGCAUCUCAACGACUCACCUCAUCAAGCCGGUGGCAGCGACUGUGGCGUGUUUGUGUGUCUGAACAUGCGGCAUCUGCUUUUGAAGCGGCUAUUGAUGGCGAGCGCGCAAGAGAAGGUCAGUAUGAGUCUGGGCGGACGCAAGAUCGACGCCCAUGCGGGACGGAAAGAGAUCGCCAAGAUCAUUGAAGGGUUCCGUAAAGAAGGCGAGCGCCGGCGAUCGGCAAGCUUGAGCCCCAUGGGGAAGAAAUCCAGGAGUCCCCCACGAGUUGAUUGA